AGGCCUUCAGGAAGCCGUCGGCGGGCGGACCGAGAAGGAGUCCGACGCCAGUUGGCUGCGCGGAAAACACUAGUCUACGUUCCUUGGAUUGCAAGAUCGAUUGCAAACCCGCAAGGCUACAGAAGAUAGACAGCUUGCAUCACAAAAAAGGCCGAAACUAUGGUCCACCACUCCGAAACAUCAACACCAAGCUCAAGCUCAACGAAGGACGCUAAACUCCAAUCACGAACCUCAUCGGCGCUAACACAAACUCUCUCGACUCUUUCUUCUUCAACCCAAAGUCGCUACCAGGUCACAACCUCUUCCACUGCCUCCUCCCCCUUUCUAGAUCUGCUUACUGUCCCCUUCCAAGCCCUUCUCGUGCUACUCUUAACCCACGCAAUCCACUACGCCGUCCAAUGCAUUGGCGAACUGUACGAAGUUACUAGCGGGAGGCGCGCGCGGUCGAGAUUCCAGAUCGCGGCGGGGUUUCCGUGGGUGAGGGUGGGAAUCGGGCUGGCCAUGAUGGUGGCCUGGCAUGCUCUCUUGGGACGGUUGGUGGUGAAGGCUUGGGGGAGGCAGGGUGUGUUGAGAGGUCGGUGAUCCAACGAGCGAGUCUGGGAAACUAAACCUAAAUGAUCGACGAAAAGGAGGAGCCUCUGUUGCGCGAGAUGGCCGAAUCGCGAUAUUG